CUUUGUUUUUUUACAUAGGAUAGGAUGAAUUGAAGCCAUAAGCUUAUGAAUUGGGAGAUUAAUUAAUCUGAACGAUGAUGAAACUGUUUGAUGCACACUGUCAUCUACAAGACCCAAGAAUCAUAAACAAAACACCAGAACUGAUAAAAACAGCACAAGACAGUGGUGUCUUACACUUUGCUGUUAACGGAGUUUCUGAACAAGAUUGGUUUUCUGUUAAGCAGUUGUCGGUUACUUACCCUUCUGUUCUUCCUUCCUUUGGUCUCCAUCCCUGGUAUGUUGCAGAGAGGAGCCCCAAUUGGUUGAAGACGCUGAAGGAGUAUUUUGACUCUACACCCUCUGCUGCAGUUGGAGAGAUUGGAUUGGACAAAGGAUCCCAAGGAAAGAAGAUUGAUUUUUCUCAGCAGGUUGAAGUAUUAAGGAAGCAGCUUGAACUUGCUAAAGAGUUAAACAAACCAGCAUCUGUACAUUGUGUUCGUGCUUAUGGUGACCUUCUUGAGUUAAUGAAGUCUGUGGGACCUUUUCCUGCUGGUGUUGUCCUUCAUUCUUACCUAGGUUCAGCUGAGAUGGUUCCUGAGUUUUCAAAGCUUGGUGCUUAUUUUUCCUUCUCUGGGUUUCUUAUGUCACUAAAAGCUAAUAAGGCGAAGAAAAUGCUGAAGAUGGUCUCUUCUGAUAGGAUGUUGUUGGAGACAGAUGCACCCGAUGCACUACCAAAGUCGAACAUAGAUUCUCUUUUCUUUGUUGAAGGAGAUACUUCUCUUGACAAUGAGGUUCAUGGACAAACAUCAACUUCAUCCUCAACCUCUGAUUCUUCUGCUGCAAAUCCGUCCCAAGUCUUAACAGAUGCUUCGAUGUUGCCCAAGGAUACACUCAAUCAUCCGGCUAACAUUCAUAACGUACUUGAUUAUGUUGCAUCUAUGCUAGAGAUUACAAAAGAGGAACUAGCUGAAUUAAGUUACCAGAAUGCAGUUCGCUUAUUCUCCUAUGAAGGAUCAAAAUUACUUCAAAAAUAAACAAAUUACAAGUUCUUGUAAGAAAUUUUUUUUUGAGCUUAUUGAGUUGAUGACAGAAAUAAAUAGUAACCAGAUAAUCCACCUAGAUACUGUCUUGCAUAAAAUUUAGUUCAAUUUGUGAUAUCGACUAUCGAGUAAUAUAUAUUUCAUCCCGUCACAUUUAUAAGCAAAAAUCAACUUUUUAGAUAAAAUUGUUUUUUUCUUAUAAAUGUGUCUGGAUGAAGUAUUUUGAUAAUGUAGAAAUGAGUUGUUAGGUGAGAAUCUA